CGCGACCGUGACGUCACCAUCGGGCGCCGUCUCCCAAGCCGAUGGCUGCAGAAGGAGUCAUGCGGCCGCUUGUAGCCUUUCGAGUGCUUCUGACACCUCGACGGGGCCUAGCGACCCGAGAUCCCGAAAAUCCCCUGCCGGUGGUGCGCAUCCCGCGCGCGCUCCAGCAGAAGCAGGAACUGCGGCUGAGCCGGGGGCGCAACCUCCCGCGGCCCGUGCUGGCGCGUCCCGGCCGGCUCCUGGUGUCCGCGCGGCGGCCCGAGUUGAACCAACCCGUUCGCCUCACGCUGGGCCGCUGGGAGAGCGCCCCGCUCGCUUCACGGGGUUGGAAGAGCCGCCGUGCGCUCGGAGACCAUUUCUCCAUCGAACGUGCUCAGCGGGAAGCACCGGCGCUGCGCAGCCUCAGGUCUGAAGCCACCUUCGCGCACCUGGGCCUGGAGCCCCGGGUGCUGCGCGCACUUGUGCAGGCGACUCCUGAAAUCGUUCGGCCGACGACCGUGCAGUCUAACACCAUCCCGCUGCUGCUGCGUGGCCGACACGUCCUUUGCGCCGCGGAAACCGGCAGCGGCAAGACUCUCGGUUACCUACUACCUCUCCUUCAGCGGCUUUUGAGCCGGCCCAGACUGAAUCCAUGCCCCCUCCCUGCUCCUCGAGGCCUGGUCCUUGUGCCUUCCCGAGAAUUAGCAGGACAGGUGUGGAAGGUGGGCAGACCCCUGGCGAGCUCCUUGGGCUUCAAGGUACGGGAGCUCAGGGGAGGCCAUGGCAUCGGUAAGAUCAGGCUACAACUGGCCACACAGCCACCGACAGAUGUACUAGUGGCCACUCCUGGCGCUUUAGGGAAAGCCCUCAAGAGUCGACUAGUCAGCUUGCAGCAGCUGUCUUUCUUAGUGUUGGAUGAGGUUGACACACUGUUGGAUGAAAGCUUCCUGGAACUGGUUAGCUACAUUUUGGAAAAGACUCAGAUAGCAGAAAGCCCACAGGAGUUAGGAGACCCGUUCAACCCCAAAGCUCAGUUUGUGCUGGUGGGAGCCACAUUUCCUCAAGGUGUAGGCGAACUGCUGAAUCACGUCGCCAACCCAGACUCUAUCGCCACCAUCACCAGUUCCAAGCUCCACUGCGUCAUGCCUCAUGUCAGACAAACAUUUAUGAGACUGAAGGGAACAGAAAAGGUGCCUGAGUUGGUGCAGAUCAUCAAGCAGCAUGAUAGAGCAUGUAGGACUGGCCCCUCAGGAGCUGUUCUGGUGUUCUGUAAUAGCUCCAGCACUGUGAACUGGCUGGGCUAUAUUCUGGAUGACCACAAAAUCCAGCAUUUGAGGCUGCAGGGACAAAUGCCAGCCUCAAUGAGGGCAGGUAUCUUCCAGUCCUUCCAGAAGGGCUCCCAAAACAUACUGAUCUGCACAGACAUAGCCUCUCGGGGCCUGGACAGUACCCAUGUAGAACUAGUUGUUAAUUAUGAUUUUCCCCUCACCCUACAAGAUUACAUCCACAGAGCUGGCAGGGUAGGUCGUGUAGGAAGUGAGGUGCCAGGCACUGUCAUCAAUUUUGUGACCCAUCCCUGGGAUGUGAACCUAGUGCAGAAGAUUGAAUUGGCAGCUCGUCGAAAAAGAAGCUUGCCAGGACUAGCAUCUUCAGUACAUGAGCCUCUACCCAGCAAUCCUAAUUACAGCUGCCAAAAACAUGAUGCCAGUGUCCUGGAUGGCCACAAGGACCUGUCCCUGACCCUGGGGCCAUUCUCACCACAAGCUUCUAUGGGAUAACCUAUGAAGUUUUAGUCACAGCCAGAAAAUCCUGGAAAGACUGCAAGGAGGUGGUCUUGUGAGUGGCCAGGAUCCAGACAAAACAAGUGAGCAGCAUCCCUUGCAGGACAAAACCACAGAGGAACAGCUGGACUACAUUUGCCACUCCAUCCUGCUGAGUCUACAUAAGAAAUGGUAUCUGAGUCCAAACCAGAAACUCAUUGACACUCAAAUGUAUUGGAACCCCAUGUUAUUGCCUCAAUUUUUUUUCCUCAAAAUCCUCCCUCAGCAUGGCCCCCUGCCUCCUACUCCUUAUUCUGUGACUCUGGCGAGCAAGCUGAUCCUGCCAAAUGUCACUAUGGCAGUUGUAGACAUCCAACAAAGCCCCCUUUAUCUGCAGGCCAGAAUUAUUUCCUGAAAAUAAAUGUUUCUAUUUAAAAUCA